GGAUGAACAAAAAGCCCCAAGACAAGGACAACACUUAUGAGCGAGGAAGGUAACGCAGCAACGAGCAGACAGAUGGACAGAUUGGAUACCGUGAAAAGCAAUCGCAGGAAGCAGGCUGUUGGGGGAUGUGCGCAUGUUCGAUAGCAUCUUUUUUGCUGAAGUGAUGGUGUGCCAAAACUAUUUUCUGUGGGUAUAAUCCUCGCACCAUAAAUGGCCUGACCAAGGAAGACUGAGCCAUUUGCAGACAAUUACUCAACAUGAACAAAAGAAAAUGAAUACCAAAGAAUAGUAGUGGAUUCAGAAGCAACCGGAAUAGAAUUUUCCUUGGCCAUUGUCUCAUAUUCCAUCACUGGAUUCUUACAACAUGCUUCAGUGGCGAAGACGACACUGCUGCUUUGCAAAGAUGACCUGGAAUACCAAAAGGUCUCUGUUUCGCACCCAUCUCAUCGGCCUGAUCUCUCUUGUAUUUCUUUUUGCUAUGUUUCUGUUUUUUAAUCAUCACGACUGGCUGCCAGGUAGGGCUGGAUUCAAAGAAAAUCCCAUGGCUUACACUAUACGAGGAUUUAGAUCUACAAAAAGCGAGACAAACCACAGCUCUCUACGGAACGUGUGGAAAGACGCCGUACCUCAGACGCUCAGGCCUCAAACGGUCACCAAUUCAAAUAACACGGAUUUGACACUACAAGGAGUAACUGGUUUGGAAAAUACCCUCAGCGCCAAUGGAAGUAUUUACAACGAGAAAGGUACUGGGCAUUCGACGUCUUAUCAUUUCAAGUACAUCAUCAACGAGCCUGAGAAGUGCCAGGAGAAGACCCCUUUUCUAAUAUUGCUCAUAGCUGCAGAGCCAGGCCAGGUGGAAGCUAGACAAGCUAUUCGACAGACUUGGGGUAAUGAAAGUCUGACACCUGGCAUCCAAAUUGUUCGUAUUUUUUUGCUGGGGUUAAGCAUCAAGAUAAAUGGGUACCUCCAGCGUACCAUACUGGAGGAAAGCAGACAAUACCAUGACAUCAUUCAACAAGAAUACUUAGACACCUACUACAAUUUAACCAUUAAAACUCUGAUGGGAAUGAACUGGGUUGCAUCUUAUUGUCCACACGUUCCAUAUGUUAUGAAAACUGACAGUGAUAUGUUUGUCAACACUGAAUAUUUAAUACACAAGCUUCUGAAACCAGAACUUCCUCCAAGGCACAAGUAUUUCACAGGUUAUUUAAUGAGAGGUUAUGCACCCAAUAGGAACAAGGAUAGUAAGUGGUAUAUGCCACCCGAUUUGUAUCCAAGUGAACGUUACCCUGUAUUCUGCUCUGGAACUGGUUACGUUUUUUCUGGAGAUUUAGCAGAAAAAAUCUUUAAAGUCUCCUUAAGUAUCAGACGUUUACAUUUAGAGGAUGUGUAUGUGGGGAUCUGUCUUGCCAAGCUGCGAAUUGACCCUAUGCCUCCACCCAAUGAGUUUGUCUUCAAUCACUGGCGAGUUUCUUACUCCAGCUGUAAAUAUAGCCACCUAAUUACCUCCCAUCAGUUCCAACCUAGCGAACUGAUCAAAUACUGGAACCACUUACAACAAAAUAAGCACAAUGCCUGUGCAAAUGCAGCGAAAGAAAAGGCAGGCAGGUAUCGCCACCGCAAACUGCACUAGAAGGACAACGCUCCCUCUGGCAAACGUACUCCAUGUGCAAUUUGUAAAUACCGCUGAACGCAUGUACAGUGAAAAUGGAUGAGCUCAAUGGGACAGCCUUUAGUUGAUCCCCAUCACAUAGUGGAGUCUGAAAAUUA